UUCACUUGUGCUGCCUUCACUGACAGCAGGGGUGAGGAGGAUGAUGUCCCACGAGGAGCACCGCCGCCACUCGCCAGGGGAGGAGGAGGACGGCGAGGACGAGGAGCAAGACAUGGAGGCCAGAACUGCAGUGGAGGCUCUGCUGGCACUUACUUCCCCUACUGACUACACACACCAUACAGGCUAUGAGGAGGAGUACAUGAUGGACCCGGUGAGUGAGGGAUACCCCAAGGUUGUCUCGGAGAAGGAUGGAGUUGAGGUGUACAACAGUAUGCCCGUGGAAGAGAUGGAGGUGGAGGAGAGUGGCUGCAUCAAGGUGACAGGGCAGAAUGUUCCCAUCACCCUGGGCACAAACACAGCACAAGCACAGUUGUCAGAAUCAGCGAGGGUGAGCACAUCAGAGAGCAAAGAUGUGAAUGUUUCCGACGAGGGACUGAAGCAACUGCGGGCAUUUGUGCAGGCAACAGAGGGGCAGGAGAGUGUGGUGAAGGUGUGCACUAAGCCUCAGGGCUUGAGAAGUGGUGAGAAAAGAAGUGCAUUUGGUGAGAACGGAACUCCCAUGAAAGUUAGUAAGGGGCAACAUGAUGCUAGGGAGAAGAGAACAGUGGUAGUGGUGAACAAGGCUGGUGCUGGUGGUAGUGAGGCGAGUGCUAAUAGUGAAUUAAAGAUGUGUGGCACAGACAAAAUAGGUGAAAGGUGUGGUGACAAUCAGAAAAGUGAGCAGAAUGCCACAAAGACACAGGUGAGAGUGGCUGGUGCUAGAGAUGGACCACAGCACAGGAACUUCCAGGGUGGUGACAGUGGUGGUACAGGAGAGAAUGAGAGGAACAAAACCCAGAAUACAAUGUUGGGUGAGGAGGAUGACGAUGAGGAAGAGUCAUCUGAAAGUGAGAGUGAGGCCACAGAACCAAGCCGUUUGGUGGAGAGAGGCGGUGCAAUGCAGGGUAAGCUGGAAGGCAAUAACAGUGACACUUCAGACUCAGAUGGUGAGGAUGGUGACAGUGACUCAAGCAGUUCUAGUAGUGGUUCUGAUUCCUCAUCAUCUGACUCAGAUUCCGAUGGUUCUGAGUCAGACAGUGAGUCAGAGAGUGACUCAAAAUGCACUGUUGAUAAAGGGAAGGGAGCUGUGCCAGCAGCAGCAGUGACAGGGGAGAGCAGUGUAAUAAAAAGUGGUGCUAGUGCUGCCAUGAGUGAGAGGAAGGAUAGUGAGGUGCGAGUGAAGGAACACAACAGUGCUGAGGACACAAAGUUCCUAGAUAAAAGAAGACCAUCUGACCUAUUAAGAGUGGCAGACAAGGUCAAAGCUGGGGACAGUUCAAAGCCAAGUGAGCAGGCCUUGAGUGAUCCUAACAAACCCAGUGACAAAGUGAAGGUAAUGGAGCAACAAGUGAAGGACAAGAAGAGUGUUCUGUACAAAGAGGGGACAGGGAGGGAGACCAAGACACAGAAGGGAGAGAAAGAAGUGACGGUGACUGUCAUAGAAAGGAGGAAAAGCUCUGAAGUGUGUGAGGAGCGGCAUGUGUCCCAGCCAGAGAGCAGUAGGGACAUGGACAGCCUCAGUAAUGCAUCCUCAGACACAGAGAGGAAGAGUGAGACCCCAAAGGAUUCCAGAAAGGAUGUGAGUGAUGGUGAGAGGCAGUCAUCAGUGGAGUCCAGGAACUGCAUAACUUCUAAGCCAGUGGAGAAAACAGACAAGACAUUGAGUGGAAUUAAGCUAAGCAAUGAGAAGAAACUAUUCAACAACAACAGCAUCAGCAUUACGAAGUCACAAGCUAACUUAAGUACAAGUAACAAUUUAAGCAAGAAGAACAUUGUCAUCAAAGCAGAGACACAGGCAAUGAUUAAGGUACCGGCCAGCCUCCCUAAGCUAACCACCAAACCCUCAGGGACGACCAACAGCUCCCCGAGGGCCGGUGGUGAGCGCAGUCCUGUGGAUUUAGUACAAGAAGUAGCAGCCACGUUCGCCAAGCAGCUGUCAGCCAUUCAAGCCAGCCAUAUGCGGAACAGUGCUGGCAGAACAGACCAACAUGCAGAGGAAGGUAAAUGUCCCCAGGAAGAUCACAGCUCCUCACAAGUUACUCAGGAGGAGGAUGAGAAAGCAGACUCAGAGAUAGAGGAUAUGUUCCCAAUCCAGGCCGAGGUUGUGAUGUCUGAGGGCAGCGAGAGUGGCCUAGAGUAUGAGACCUUCCCUGACCAGGCGCCUCAGGACGACCUCAGCUGGUGCAGGAAGGGCAGUGAAGUCCUGGAUCCAUCAGAGAAAGAAAACGUGGAGCUGAUGGCAUACCUCAAGAGUUAUGUGAAUGGGGGCAGGGAAGGUGAGGUAGUGGAGUACCCGCCACCAAACAAUGACCUACCGCCAGGGGGUCGUGAUCUGACACAGUGGCAGCUGGAUGAGGUGCGGUUGCCUCCCUUCACCCCCAGUGUGGCGCCCCCUUCCUGGCUGCGGCUCACUAUCCCGGCUGAGGGUUACCGCUGCCAGUCCUGCGAUGAUACAUUCUUCAUUGAGAGCUCCUUGGUGCAGCACCGGGAGAGGCGCAGCGUGUGGAUCAGCCUGGAGUGUGGUCCCUGUGAUGCAAAACUUACCUUCUACAAUCGCUGUGCUCUCAAAGACCAUCUUCGUAACCACAUGCUGCGCGGGGAGGAGGUGGACGAGGAGACGGUAGAGGUGAGGUCCCUGCCACUACAGCUGACCCGCCUCUUGCAGCCCAUUGUGGUGCCGGUGCCAGAUUCCCUCAGGAUGCGAGGCAAGAAGGUAGGCAGGAACCUGAAGAGUCACGGCUCUGUGAACAAAAUGCCUGUGCUGAAACCAAUAGGGAGGUGUGGGUCGGCCAGGCUGGACGAGUACCAGAACGAUGCCGGGGCCACGUCCCUGGAGGAGGAGCAAGAGGAUGCGGUGGAGCAGGAGGAGGAGAUGAGGAGCCCCACCGAGAAGAUACCGCCUGGAAUCAAGAGGCUGUCACCACGGAAGAGAACGGUGCGGUGCUACCUGUGUGAAAGAAUGUUCCAUAGCGUGCGGGAGUUGAUGGCACACAUGCGCACCGACCAGCCCUACUCAGACCAGCGCGUGGAGUGCAAGAAGUGCCAGCUGGUCCUGCCGAGUGUGUGUGCAGCCAAGGCACACAUCCUCACACACCCGCCGGCCAACACGUCCAACAUCUCAGUGUGUCCGGAGUGUGGGAGUCGCUGCGAUGGGCCACGGGAGUUUGUGCACCACCUCAACACCUGUGGCCACCAGUACCGGCGGUCUGGUGUGGUGUGUACCGUGUGUCAAGUGUGCUUCUUUAGGUCCCAGGACGACUUCCUCACACACUGGAUCGCCGAGCACUGUGCCAAGUCGUACGAGUGUGUGGUGUGCCGCAGCACCUUUGAGAGUCUGGUGUUCCACCGCUGUACCUCACCGGGCCAGCAGGUUUUGGCCACCUUCCGCUGCCUGCUGACCUGCCCACUGUGCUCAGUGGCAGUGCAGCUCCAUGCACAGGAGGAGCAGGACACCAAUGGCAAGAUCCGUGCCCACCUGGCAGAGGCACAUCCCACCAUCAUCACCCGCGUCCAUUAUGUCUACAAGUCCAAGUUCUGCACCAAUGCCUUCCGCUCCAAGGAUGAGCUGCGUGCACACCAUGACCGGGAGCACCGACGUGACAACCACUAUCGCACCAAGACCUGCACGCUGCACCAUGAGGUGCUUGGUUACCAGCACCAGUACUUCAGUGGUCAGGAGCCUCGCAAUGCUUUUGUCACGCUGCCUGUGGCACUCAGUGCUGAGGAACUGCAUGAGGCCCGCAUCAGGGACGUGCCCACUGUCAGCAGCGUCAUUGACAAGACACUCUUCCCAGACAUGAUCCUGCAAGAGUCUGGGCGAGGUGUCAAGGGCGAGAGGCCCUCCAAGAACAAGGCUGCAGCCAGCAAGGGAUCAGCCAAGGAGGUCGAGGCCAAAGAAGGAGGGACAAAGGAUGGUCCGGUGAAGAAGGACAUGGACCAGCUGGACAAGUUGAGGCCCAAGGUGUGCUAUCGGUGUGGUAUUCAUUAUGCCGACAACAAAGACUUCAGGCGACACAAGCGCACCUGCGAGGGUGAGUCAGCGGAGCGGCAAUGUCGGCUGUGUGGCCUGACAGCCGUGGGCGAGGACUUUGCUCGCCAUUGCUUGGGCCACGUGCAGGAGGGGGCCAUACUUUGCAUCUACUGCAAUGGCACACAGUUUGCCACCACAGCAGACCUGGAGCAGCACUUUGAGCUGCAUGUGCAUGAACAGUUCUCAUAUCCUGCCAGCUGUGCUUUCUGCUGCACUUCCCUGCCAGACGUGCCCUCGGCCUUGGCACACCUCAAUGAGGAGCAUGACCCACUCCACAUCCUUGACACCUCAGAGUUUGAAUGUGACAGAUGUGGCCGCAGGUUCCACGGGGAGCGGGGCCUCAGCGUUCACCUGGGCCGCUGCACACUGGGCACCGCCACGCCCACACCAGCCUCGGCUGGCUGCCGGCAGUGCCAGGUGUGCACCAAGGCCCUCACUCCAGAGAUGUUUGGCCGGCACAUGGUCUGUCACCUGGAGGAGGGGCUGCUGGUGUGUAGCCUGUGUGACGGCCGCACUCUGCCCUCCUCCAUGGCCCUCCUGCACCACCUGGAGGAGCAUGCAGCAUCCCUGGCAUACCCCAGCUCCUGCCCCAUGUGCACUUUCUCCAUGGAGGACUCCACCUCAGCUCUCACACACCUGAAGGAAGAGCACGGCUUUGGCAACCUGCACUGCGCCGACUGUGACAUGCACUUCAACUUCACGUACCAGCUGCAGCGGCACACGGAUAUCGUGCACAAGAUCUGCCAAUACGCCAAGCGGAGAUACAUCUGCUGGAUCUGCCGUGCUUACGACCAUGUCAAGAAGGAGACGCUGAUGAACCACUUCCGCACAGUUCAUGGCCUGGAUCGCCAGCAGGUGGACGAAAAGGUGAUGAUCAGAACCAGGGGACAGGGCACCAUGCCCACCUCACAGUUCAUACCUACCAAGCCUCUGGGCAGUAAGGAGAACCAGGGAUUUGCCACCGCCAAUAAGGACACCGAGACUCCCCCGACGAGGACUCAGAGGGACAAAAGCAAGUCCUCACCAAGCAAAUCCUCAACAGGUACAGACUCCCCAGUGAAGCAAAGUGGUGCCAGUAGAUCUCCUUUGAAGGACUCACCCCAGAAGACAGUCACCCCUCAGGAGAGUCCUAUCAAAGAGGAGGUGUCAAAGAUGGGCACCUCACAGGGCAUGGCAGGCAAAGACAACCUUCCUAAGCUUCACAGCAUAGAUGUGAGUGGUGCAGGGGACUCCUCCAAUGCCCUGCCACCUUCCAAGCGCCAUCCCUCCUUACUUGAGAAGAAGAUAAAGGACAAGUCAAAGGUGUUGGUGAAGAGGCUCCCAAAUUCCAUCCUAGACGAAGAGUCCAGAACAAAAAGGAGAAAAACAGAGGGACAGAGGAGCGAGGGUGAACCAGACAUCCAGGAUGGUGUCGAGAAAAAAGAGAGGAAGAAAAAGAAGAAGAAGAAGAAAGCAUACAAGUGCCAGCUGUGUUUAUAUGGCACCAACUUCAAGGACAAGAUGGAUGCCCACCUUCUCAAGCACAGGGAGAAUGGGGAGGAGGUGGGAGAUGCAGACGGCUUUGUGUGUCGUGAGUGUGGCGCUUCAUUUGUGGUGGAGCCAUCUCUGGCACGCCACAUGUUCUUUGCACACAAGGUGAAGCUGCAGGUGUCUAGUGCUGAUGAGAAUGAUGAGACCACGUCAGCACCACCAGUUCCAGCACCAACAGCACUUCCACUAGCACCAGCACUAACACCAGCACCACCACCAGCACCACCACCAGCACCAGUAUUGCCUCCAGCCAAUACACACAUCAAGAUAGAGCCAGACAGUGAGGCAAAGCCCAUGGAGGAGAGAAGAGAAACUCGUGUGAAGCAGGAGGUGAGGGAGGUACCGGAGGAAGUGAAGCAGGAGAGAACAGUCGCCAAGAGGAAGACAUUGAGGGAGACAGUGAGAAAGAAACCUGAAACUGAGGCCAUGAAGACAAGAGGGGAGAGGAGCAGAAGAGUAGAGGCAGCGUCUGUGAAGAAGCGACCCUCAAGACCAAACCCCAAGAGGAAGCCGGAGAGAGCCGUGACACAGACAGCACUGACAGCAACAUCAAGCAGGAGGAAGGAGGAUACAUCAAGAAGGAAGGCAAAGGAAGGCAGGAGGAAUUUAGAGAGAGUUACCGUGAAGAGGGAAUACUUGGAGGAUGAUUACGAUGACGAUACACUUGAUAAUCAGUGCGUAGUGUGUAAGGAGGAAUUUACUAAUCCCGUUGAGUUAUACAGCCACCUGAGGACGCACGGUAUGGCCUUUCUCAAGCUUGGCCGCAAAGCACGACCGCUCGGCCUUGGAAAACCUCUCGAGCGGUAGGGACUAGAAGGAAAGCCAGCUAUCACAGAGUUUUAUUUUUCCAGUGUUUUGUUUGUGGUAUACAGCUUUGACACAUGCAGUAGGAAUGAGUGAGGGUGGCCAGGUGUAUGUGUGUGUGUUUGUGUGUUGUGGCCUCCUGCAGUGGUGAGGCAUCAUAAGUAAAGAGAAGUGAGAGAAAUGGACCUCUACUAUUACUUGCAUUGGCCAGGUACUGUCAUUUGAGGGAAGAUGAAUGUGACCCAUAGUGUGACUUUGUUUUGGCCAGCGUUGUCAGUACAGGAAGGAGGAGAAAGAAAAUAACCUGUACUAUAUCUUGCAGUGAGUAAGUUGUCAGUGAAGAUUGAAUAUGAAAGAAAGGGACCUACACUAUAUAUAACUUGCAUUGGGUAUGCCUUGUCAGUAAAGAAAAGAGGGAGGCAGAGACUUCCUUGUAACACUUGAGAUAUUAAAUAAUGCAAAUCGCCUGAAAAGCAGGAAAACAAGAAUAAUGGAUAUGAAAGAGGAAAGCUACACCAUGAGAAAACCUCACACAACUGACUCAAGGCUGGCAGUUGGUUUGGCUGCGUCUUUAACCGUACUGAAUGUAUGUACGUGUGUUUGUUUGUAUGGGUGAGUUUAUGCUAACUUAACAUUCAUUGUGAUAGUAUGUUGUGUACUACUACUACUACUACUACUACUACUACUACUACUACUACUACUACUACUACUACUACUACUACUACUACUACUACUACUACUACUACUACUACUACUACUACUACUACUACUACUACUACUACUACUACAUAGUGUAAUGAUGUCUGUUUGAUUUUUAUUGCUUUUAUGUUUUUGCUAUUUACGUUUAACAAUAAUUUCCCUCCGCCAGCUUGCUUGGUUCAGUUCUGUGUCACUUCAUUUGGCAAUCCUCCGGUCUAGUCACGUGUUCUAGAAAGCUAAAAAUGAACGAAAAAGCAAGAAACAUUUAUCAUUCUUAUUUUUGUCAAGUUGGGAGUAGUGAGAGAAAAAAAUCUAUUUUCCUUAUUUUUAGAGAAUAUUUCCUUUAUGUUCAGAUUUAUUGUUAGUUUUUCCCCUCUUGGCCUGAAUGUAAGAUGUGUCCCUCCUCCUCCUUCUCCUCCUCCUCUUAUUUUUUAUCACACCGCUCCUACUGUCUCCUUCCUUCUGUUCUCUCCUACAUUCUGGUUCUCCUUUAUUCUAUUUUACAAGCAAGAAUGUCUGUGUUAUCUUUUUCAUUGCAGCUUUGGGUAUUUUGAGUUUUUUGAGUAAUGUGGCUUGUGGUGCUGUGUAAUAUGCUGUGAUGCCAUCUCUCUCUCUCUCUCUCUCUCUCUCUCUCUCUCUCUCUCUCUCUCUCUCUCUCUCUCUCUCUCUCUCUCUCUCUCUCUCUCUCUCUCUCUCUCUCUCUCUCUCUCUCUCUCUCUCUCUCUCUCGAUGUGUGUGUUGUGUACAUAUUUCACCCCCAUUGCUGCUUCUCCUGAGGUGUUUGUAGAGGUUAAGUGACGGAAAGAUUUUAUUUGAUUUUUUGUUGUUUUGUUGAAUCAAAUCGUACAAAUUUUUUUUACCUUUAAUAGUUUUGCUCUUAAGUUGCCAGAUACAUUUUAUAUUGUUUUGCAGAUUUGAUGUUUAGUUUUAUUUAUGCAUUAGUAAACAAAAGUAUGUUUCUGUAGUGCUGUUCUUCACCCUUUCUAUACCCUGGUGUUGCUUUGACCAAAUUUUGAUAGAGUUUGGGGAGUUUUGACCACUUAGAUACUGAAAUUGUCUUAUAAAACUUAUUGGAACCUCAAAAUUCAUCUUCUUGAUAUUUUAACAACAGUAAAAAAAAAAAAAAAAGCAAGAUGAUAAAAUUGAUGAUCAUGAUGAAUUUACACAUUUUAUUAAGUUUUGCAUGACAGUUUUCAUAAUGAAGCCAUUCAAAUUUGUACAAGUUACAAUGCCAUCAAGUGCAAUAAUGUUCAUGUUUUACUGGAGCAACAUUAUGAAGCCUGGAUGUCUUGACAAUUACAGACUGCGUUAAACAAUCAUUUCACUUUUGUGUAUGCCACUGAAGUGAUAAUUUCCUGCAACCUGUAACUCUGUGUUUGGCCUCCAUCAUCCCCUCUGUCUGCUGCCCCAUGCCACCCAGGUGUAGAUGUUACCUGCUGUCUAUUACUUCCAGUUUUAAAAUCAUUGGUACAAAUAUUACCUUAAUUUUUUUAUAAAGAAAACACAGAUGUUUGUGUGUACAUCCUAACAUUGCCAUUGCAUUGUAUAUAUUGCUCAACAUCCUGUGUGUGUGUGUGUGUGUGUGUGUGUGUGUGUGUGUGUGUGUGUGUGUGUGUGUGUUCAUUUGAUAGAAAGCCUGCCAUUCAUUUAGUUAAAGAUUCACCAAACUCAUAAAUUACAUCAUCAGCCCUUCAUCACUCACGUCUUUGCCAAACAAGCACAGUGUACACUGCUUGUCUUACUAAACAGUCACUUAUUAAGGCACAUGUAUAUUGUCUGAACACAAUCAUUCAUCUCAUUCACUGCAUCAGAACUACACAAUUUCAUCAUUCACUCAAUAAACUAACCAACAUAAUUUGCACAUUUCAUCCUCACACACAUUUGUAACCUUUCAUACACAGAAGUCCUUGAUGUAGUGCUUUGUGUUCUUAAACAUUGCAGUACUGUAAGUUGACUACAUUUAACUGGCUGUAGUAGAGGUUGUUCGGGUUUUCAAGAGUGUUUGUGUGAGUCUAGUGAUAGUCGAACAAAGGAUUGUGUAGAAAGCAACCGUGAAAACCCAACUGAUCAUCGCUGUGGCUUUUGAAAUUAGUCCUUAAGAUAAUACAGAGUGUUUAAGAAUAUGUGCCAGUGUAGCGAGCAUCUUUACUGAUGAGGAGGCAAGACAGACGGUUAACUUAGUAUGUACAAAUUGUGCAGCAACUUGCAUAUUUGAGAUGAUGUUCACCUAAGUAUUCCUGCAUUUAUAAAUUUUGAGCUAAAUUAACCCAGAAUACUGUAAGUUAACUGGAUGUCUUUCUUGUAAGGGAAUAUUGUAAUGUAAAUGUAUGCCAGAAGAAAGAAGUGUGUUUAUGUAUGUAUGAGAAGGGCAUCAGUAAAAACAUUCACAGUGGUGGUGGCCAAGAAAUGCAAUCGUGUGGAAAAAACUUAAUGCUCAGCCAAGACUAUCACUAUUGUUGUUAAGAGACGAGUGAGUAAGGUAGACGAGUGGCCCUUUGUAUCACCUUCCUUACCUACUGAGUGUUGUGCAUCAGUGUUCCUUACGUGAAUGGCAGCACCUUGGAAGGACACCGUCUAUACACAUGAUCCAGGUGGUGCAGGUGUGUGCAUAAAGAGAGGUCUGUAGUGUGCUUCCUAGUAAAGUUUGUGUUGGUAAUGUGCUGAAGGCAAGAAAGAGGUAAUAGUCUGGUAUCAUAUAGAAGGUCCAUUUUGUAUAGGAGGGAGUGAAGGCUUCUUGUAUUUUCAAGCCAUAGGAAGGAGUGUGGGAGGGAGCUGUGUUGUGCAGAGGAAGCUUCAUGCCAUAAAGAGUGUAGGAGACAAGUGUUAGUAAUAUGCAAUUUUCUUUUAACCUUGUGUAUCUGAUCAACUGUAUUUCCCUAGAGUGUAUAAUAUAGAUUUUUUAUUACUGUUGAUAUAAUUGAUUAUUCACAUUUUCUACUAAAACCUUAUUUGUUUUUAUCUUUGUAAGUAAAUGUUCCUUUACAAAAUGAAAGCAGAUUGUUAUGUAGCUGUAAGAGUAUCAACCUGUGUCCAAGAUGUUUUUCCAAUAUCUUAUAGGGAACUUGUAAAUCCGUUUUGUAUUUUGGAAUGAUUGAAGCUAUUUUUUGUAAUUAACAUUCCAUCUUGAUGCAAUCAUUAUUACAGAGACAACUGGUAAUAAAACUUCAAGGCUACAAACAUGAAAGGCUUUAUUUUUCAGCAGAGGAAACACAAUUUCUCUCACCCACACCUUUGUGCUGGGAACACACACACACACACACACACACACACACACACACACACACACACACACACACACACACACACACACACACACACACACACACACACAC